GGACACUUGUCGUGCCCGAGCCCCAGCCGUCGGACGAAGUCGCGUCCGAGGCCGCCGUCGCCGAGCAGGCGGGCCUGGAGGUUGAAGGCGGCACGACGGCCGACACCGCCGCCGACACCGCCGCCGACACCGCUGCGCCGCCCGAGGCGGCGGCGAGGACGACGACCGCUCUGGUCCGGCGGCAGGCCGUGGCCGACGUCGAGGCGCCGAAGGCGAAGUACGGGACAGCCUCGUUUGCGGAGGCCAGUACUCGACUUUACCAGGAGCGCAACGUGGGCGUCCAGGCGUGCGCGGCGACGGCGGACUUCGGCAUGCAGGUGCAGGAGUGGGACCUGGAAGGCGGGGCCACCCUGCGCCUCAGGGCGAACAUGACGUCCGCGGCACAAGCGCACGCGAUCAUCCGCAAGUCCAAGGCCUUCGGCAAGUACCCGGCCAUCGGGGCCCAUAGGUGGCAACGUGCUCCAACGUCCCAGAAGUUUGCCCAUGUCUGCGGCGGCUGCGAGUUCGAGGGCAUCGCGCCAGCGCGGGUCGCACGACAUUUUGCUUCCGUCCGCGAGGUUGCGCAGGACCCACUUGCGCCCGAAGACCCCGGGCAGGACUUCAACUCGCAGAGUCGCGCGAGCAAGGGCGUCUUGCAUGUCGCCGCCGGCCGCGCCAAGUCGCGCGCCGCCGCGCGCGGGGCCGAGAAGCUCGAGGGGCGCGCGCCCGGCCGCCUGCGACUUGUUCGCGCCGCUCGGGGCGGCGCCUCUGGAGCGCGGCGGAAGGGGCAUUCGGCCUGGGAGGUGUCGCGCCCCAGCAUUUCCUCCGCGCUCAGGAGACUGAGCGUCGGGAUCCUCGGGUGCGAGUCGGCGCGCGUUGCCGCGAUGAGACGCGCGGGCUUGGCGCUCAGACUAGCCAGGUGCGCCCCGAUCAUUCCGAACCCGCCGCCCGGCGACUCGGUUGUCCAGGAGAUGAAAGCUGGCGGGGUGGAGACUGCCAGGACGUAUUUUUUGAGUUUGACGGGCUCCAUGAACGUCGCCAGCGUUACCUCGAUGGGCUUGUGCUGCUUGUCCUGGUUGUUGCAGUGGGCCUGCGCCGUCAACAGCGCCGCUAUUCGGGACGACGUCAUCACGGACCGCGGGGUCUCGUCCGCGCUGGACGAGGUCUGGUACCCGCUGCCCCACGCCUGCUUCGCCGGCGUGCCCUCGGCCGCGCUCGGCCCCCUCGCCGCGGACGACGCGUGCCCGGCGGACCAGCAGGCGGAUGCCGGCUCGCCGAGCACGCCGCCUCGGGGGCCAUCGGCGCUGGGGGGCGCGGAGCUCGGGCUGCUCGGCCUCUCCGAGGUGGCCGAGUCGGACGGCUCGCCGCAGCAGCCAGGGUCCCCCGCGUGCUGGGAGGAGGUCGCCUUUCCGGACUGCGGCUCGCCCGCCCCCGCGCUGCCCCCCACGGCGGAGCCCCCGGCCGCCACGGCGGAGCGCUGCAGCGCCGCGGCGGCGCCCGCGGCGGUCUUCGCGGCGACGGCCUCCGCGCCCCCAGGGGCCGCGGAGCCGCCGCGGCCGCCCGCUGGCGGCGCCAGCACCGGCGCGGACGCGCAGCCGGCGCCCGCGGUGCCGGCGCCGGCGGCCUUCGGCGGCAGCGCCGCGGCCUGCGCGCCGGCGCCGGCGGCGGCGGAGCGCGCAGAGGCCGCGGCGGCGCCGGCGGAGCGCGCGGCGCCGCAGAGCCGCGUGCGCGGGCAGAGCGCGGAGGCGCCCGCCCGGGGCGGGGCGCGGCGAGCGGCGGCGCCGCGCCCGGCGGCGGGGCGGCAGCGGGCGCGUCGCGCCGCGCGGGCGCCCAGGGACUGCGCGGGGGCGCAGACGCGCAACGGAUCGCCUGCCCACUCCGGCAGCGGCAGCCCAGACGGCAGGCGCGGCGCCGGCGCGGCUAGCAGGGCCUGCGCGGGCGAGCGCCGCCGGGCCGAUCGCUUCGUGCUCGAGGCGGUGCACCCGAGGUGGAAGGGCCACCUGACGUUGCAGCAGGACGGUUCCUUCCACCGCGCGGGGGGCAUCCUCGCCGCAGGGGACGCCGGCAGGUGGACCAUCAGCGGGGGUACGCUGUAUCUUGUGUGGGACAGGUGGGACCCCGAGGAGCUGCAGAUCGCGGACGGUGGCCGCACCUUCGAGUCCACUUCCUGGAGGGCUCCAGGGGAGGGGGAAAGAGAGAGAGAGAGAGAGGGGGAGGAGGUGGAGGAGCAGGACCGUCCGUAG